AUGCUGGCACCUGCUCACCGCGGCCGCAUAGUUGCGGUCGAGGUGCUCAUGCUUUCCCUUACUUCUUUCGAUAUAAAGCGGCUGCUGAUUGCUGUUAAAACAACCAGGUUUGAUGACGGUCAUUUUAUUGCUUGGUGUAUUGAGCAAAAUGGAACUCACAGUUGCUGGCCAACACGAGUUCGGUUGGACCCCUCACUAUUGCGUUCAGAUGCUGGACAUGCUGAAUCAGGAAUGAGGGUGAUAUACAGAAAGUCUUUGGACAUGGGGCCAAAACACAUGUGCUUGGAUGAACUAGAGUUAAUAUGUCUUCGUGCACCACUGCCUGAUCUUGAACUAGGAGAAGAUCAGUGUAGCUGGUGCCUUGAUGUCUUGUUAAAGUUGGAACGUUUACAAUGCUUGGCAUUUGGUGAGACCUUGCGCCUUGAACAGGAUUUGGCGGAAUUUCAAUUGAUUGAUGACUUUAAUGCGAAUCGAGACGACCUUGUGUGUAAUAACAAAAGGACUUCGAGGGUGAUGAUCAGUCAAGAUGAACACAUAUCCAAACAUACUUCUGUUUGGGUGUAUUAA